AUGUCGGUGUCUCUCUCCAGUCACCCCGCAGUGAGAGACAAGAGUCUCGCGCUGUACCCAUCUCAUCCCGUCGCGCACUACACAGACGUCCUCAAGAGCGCGCACAGCAUCUUCCAUCCGCUCAAGUCUCUGGGCCGCAUGGUGACGGACGCGCAGGCAAUCAUGCCGUUUCACUUCACCGGGACUCCGUCUUUUUUCAGCCACAACACCCACCAGACCGUGUUCCACGAACAAAUCCUCAAUGUGUCCAGCGUGCCAUAUUUUCAGCACGUGCAGCCCCCACACACCAUGUUCUCCAAACAUGAAGAGCAGAGCACUGGCACUCUGUCGGAGUUCAGCAGCCCGUCCAGUGUAAAGACCUCCUCAGCUUCAUCCUCUCCGGCUAAGGACAGUUUCAUGUACCUGCAGGCCACAGACCCGGCGCCCGAACAGACUCACACCCACAGUUUUACUGAGGAAGACCUCUUCACUGUGCUGUAUGGAUAUUCCAAAAAACAAGGGCAAACUGUUGGACAUGCCAUCUCUGGAGUGUCAUUUCCUCCCAGUACAGCUGAUCGUCAUCUUCUCCCGACUGGCACUGGAGCUCUUGAGCUCCCAGAAGGCUUAUCGAUUCUCCAAACCAAUUGUGGAAGCCUUUCCCAUUAUGGAAUAUUUGCAGAUAAAGGCACAAUCCCAAAAGGCUUCAGGUUUGGACCGUUUCAGGGGAAACUAGUGAACACAAGUGAGAUCAAAACCUUCGAUGACAACACGCUCAUGUGGGAGAUCUUUGAGAAUGGGCGCUUGAGUCACUUUGUGGAUGGAAGAGGCGCUCCAGGGAACUGGAUGUGCUUGGUGAAGUGUGCGCGCUUUCCAGAAGAACAGAACCUGAUUGCGGUUCAGUGCCAAGGCCAGAUUUACUACGAGGCCUGUAAAGAGAUCCUACCAGGCCAAGAGCUGUUGGUCUGGUACGGAGACUGCUAUGUGCAGUUUUUGGGAAUUCCUCUCACCCUCAAAGAUUUCAUUGACGAUAAUGAGGCGCUCCCACCUGAAGACUCUGGAGAGGGUUUUAAGUGUGAUCGCUGUGGAAAAGUGUUCGCUUAUAAGUACUACAGAGACAAACACCUGAAAUACACGCGCUGUGUGGAUCAGGGCGACAGAAAAUUCCCCUGCCACCUCUGCAACAGGUCAUUCGAGAAAAGAGACCGACUUCGGAUUCACAUUCUCCAUGUGCACGAGAAACACAGACCACAUAAGUGCUCCGUAUGCGGCAAAAGUUUCUCGCAGUCCUCUAGUUUGAACAAACACAUGCGCGUGCACUCAGGAGAGCGGCCUUACAAAUGUGUUUACUGUAACAAGGCUUUCACUGCCUCCAGCAUCCUCCGCACGCACAUCAGGCAGCACUCCGGUGAGCGGCCGUUCAAGUGUAAACACUGCGGGAAAGCGUUCGCCUCUCAUGCGGCCCACGACAGCCACGUCCGGCGAACACACGCCAAAGACAAAUCCUUCUCCUGUGAUGUGUGUGGAACUACUUUCCAAGACGCCCAAGAGUUAAAACAUCACACGAAGACUCAUAAAAAGCGACCGCUAUUGGAAAGCUCAGUUCUUCUUCCUGGAGACGAGAACACACUCUUCGCCAGCAGUAAGGAUUCUUUACACUCACAGAAACAGCAAGGAGACAAUUUCUCUUUUCCCGGAAUGACCACCAUCCCGUCCGAGUACAGACCCUGGAACUAA